AUAUUGAAUGUCCCACACAUCAUGCAUGUACGUUGGGAUCCUUGUGUGUGGUGAAUAAACUGUGGUGAAUCCGUGUGUUCUCAGCGAUGAUGUAUAUAACUCUGUAUUCUAGAGGUACACCAGUGUCGUGGUUGGCUGGCAGUCAAAGGGAGUGACCAUCCCGGGAUUUCCAGUAGAAAAAACGCAGAAACGUCAGAGCCACACACACCAACACCGCAGCAAGACACGGAAUACCCCUAUUCUCUCCUCUUGUUCUCUCCUCUUCUCCUCUCUCUUCUUCUCUCAGCAGAAGACAGUACAGGGUCCAUAUUCUCCAAGAAGCGGCACUAACGGAGAAUGUGGUUAUCACCCUGUUCUGGAAUCUCCACUGCAUUCAAUCUUCUUAUCGUUCGGUUUUACACCUUCUAAAACAAGAUAAUCAUUUUAUCGUUAGACUAAAUCUCAACUAUGGACAAGCACCCAGGCUCCAACACGAUCAACCCCGCAUCCUGCCAUGGGAAUCCCGCCGCACAGAGGUUGGACGGAGGAGGUGGCGGUCCGUGUCCGCACAGCCUGAGCUCAGAGGCAGGCACCGCAGGCAGCCGUGGUGGGGUGUCCGGGGACAGCGGGUCUACUCCGCAUCAAACCCGCAAGCGGCGCCUGGAGGGGGUCCUCAAUAAAUACACCAACCUGCUACAGGGAUGGCAGAACAGGUAUUUUGUGUUGGAUCCAGACAUCGGUCAGCUGCAAUACUUUGUGAAUGAGCACAGUAAGAAUCAGAAGCCUCGUGGUUCUCUGCCCCUCAUAGGGGCCUCUGUGGCCCUCAGCGAUGAACUACUGCACAUGUUCACUGUCCACUCUGUCACUGGAGAGGCCUAUAAACUCAGAGCUUCGGACGCUGGGGAACAGCAGCUGUGGAUGAGUCAGAUGCAGCUCUGUGCCCGGCGCCACUCUGACUCCAGUGCCAAGGGCCGGACACGCAGCUUCUCCCUGCUCCCUCCUCCACUCAGCCACCACCACCCUGCCCCGCCCGUCGCCUCCUCCUUCAUCUCCAACACCUCCUCCUCACCUGGUACCCAGAGAAAGCCUCUCUACCCUGGGGUUGGAGGGGUCGUCACCAUCACCCAUCACAGAUCCCCUGCUGCGGCCCGCCGGGCCAGGACCCAGAACAACCAGAACUACCACCCUGCUCCAGGGAGGCUGAGCCAGGUCAAAGAGGUGAUGACCCAGGCAGAGGGCCAACAGAAGAACCUGGUUAACUCCAUAGAGUCCCUGCCCUCCCGUGGUCCUCUGUCCUCCUUAGACCAGGACCUUCUUCUCCUCAAGGCCACGUCAGCAGCUACCCUCUCCUGUCUGGGAGAGUGUCUCCACAUGCUGCAGCACAAUGUCAGCCAGGCCGCGCAGCAUGUCACCCUGGGUCGGUCAGACAGCCAGGACCGGAGUCAGAGUCCCAUCCACAAACAGACGUCCAGCCAGAGUAACAGCAACAUCUCCAGUCAGACUCACAACCACAACCACAACCAGUUCAAGAAGCAGAUGAGCCUGGAUCCCAACCAUGUUCCCACCGCACCAUCAGACAGCUUUGCAGGAUGGCCCAGAUCUCCCUCAGAGAAGCAGGUGACCAAUAGAGGAGGGACACCUCUUCCACAUGUUCCCUCUCCAGCCCACAUCAACAAGGAGCUGGUUAUCAACUGUGUGCCCCAGCAGGCCCCCCCCACCCCAGAGUCUAUAGAUCCCAGUGAAGAGAUGACAGACACAGAGGACAGUGAGGAAGAGGACCUGGGAGUCAGAGAGGACCAAAGGAACAUUAUCCUUCACCUGCUGUCACAGCUCAAACUGGGCAUGGACCUCACACGGGUGGUACUCCCUACCUUUAUCCUGGAGAAGCGUUCCCUCCUAGAGAUGUACGCUAACUUCAUGGCUCACCCAGACAUGUUCCUGGCCAUCACCACGGGAACCACCCCAGAGGAGCGCAUCGUCCGAUUCGUGGAAUACUACCUGACCGCCUUCCACGAGGGGCGCAAGGGUGCCGUGGCCAAGAAACCCUACAACCCCAUCCUGGGAGAGAGCUUCAGGUGUUCCUGGGACGUCCCCGAGAGAGAUAACACUAACACUACACCCACUUCAAACCCCGCCCCUAACCCCGCCUCUUCCUCUAGAGGCUCUUCCCCUAACCCCGCCUCUUCCUCUAGAGGCUCUUCCCCUAACCCCGCCUCUUCCUCUAGAGGCCCUUCCCCUAACCCCGCCUCUUCCUCUAGAGGCCCUUCCCCUAACCCCGCCUCUUCCUCUAGAGCCUCCCGCCGGACAGGGACGGAGAGCGGGGGUGCUCAGGCAGAGGACUGUUACCGGGUAAGGUUCGUGGCGGAGCAGGUGUCACACCACCCACCUGUCACUGGGUUCUACUGCGAGUGCAAAGAGAGGAACAUGUGCGUCAACACCCACGUCUGGACCCGGAGCAAGUUCAUGGGCAUGUCCAUCGGAGUAUCUAUGGUCGGGGAAGGUGUUCUACGUCUGUUGGAGCAUGAUGAGGAGUAUGUGUUCACUCUGCCCUGUGCCUACGCCCGCUCCAUCCUUACCGUACCUUGGGUGGAGCUGGGAGGAAUCACCAUCAGUUGUGCCAAGAGUGGAUACUCUGCCACCGUUACCUUCCAUACUAAACCCUUCUAUGGAGGGAAGAUACACAGAGUGACAGCGGAGGUGAAGCACAACCCGACGGGGACCAUAGUGUGUAAGGCCCAAGGGGAAUGGAACGGUACCCUCGAGUUCACCUACAGCAGUGGGGAGACCAAGGUCAUCAACACCUCCAAGCUGUCUGUCAUCAGGAAGAAGAUACGCCCCAUGGACAAACAGGGACACUAUGAAUCACGGCGUCUGUGGCAGCAUGUUACCUCAGCUCUCAGGUCAGGAAACAUUGACUCUGCUACAGAGCACAAACACUGUCUGGAGGAGAGGCAGAGAGCAGAGGGCCGACAGAGAGCUGCCUCCAACACACACUGGAAACCCAAGUACUUCAUCAAGGAGGGCGAGGGCUGGGUGUAUCACAACCCCUUGUGGAAGACCCACUGACGAGGGGAGGGGCCUCGGGGGGACGGGCAACAUACCAGCUACCAAUCACAGCACAGCGAGCAGCCCGCUGGUGGUCAUUGCAACACACGGGGACCAGCUAGCCAGGCCGCUAGAGAAUAGACCAAAUACACAAGGGGCUGUGUUCAAAAUGGAACCCUAUUCUCUAUAUAGUGGACAACUGCAGAAGGAGUGCACUAUAUAGGGAAUAGGGUGCUAUUUCAGAUUUGCCUAAGGACUGUCUUGGAUGAGGAGCUUGUAUCUCAGUCAUUCAAUAAGAAUGAGAGGUGCCAAAGACUAUCAGAGGGACGGGAACUACAGUCAGACAGCAAGCUCACUGAGUUUCCUGUCAGAAGCUGACCUGCUCCAAACGAUCCAGGAAACUGGGCGGCCAUUUAGGAGACGGACCAGGUCGAACCAGGAAGAGGUUGGGAGGGACAGAAGAUGAGCGUGAUCGUUGGUGGUCAAAGAGAGCUGAACAAUUCUGUAGCUUUUUGAUAUACAGUAGAAUCCAAAUAGCAGAAGAAUAGAUAAUAUUCACAUGCUUCUUCCUUCUUCCUUCACUUUUCAUUUGUUUGCACAGGUACUGUAGCCUACUGUAGCUGUCUCCACUGUUAUUACCCAAUAGGCCACAGGAGGGGCUGUCCUUCCACUGUAUGAUGUAUGUAAGAUCCAAGGAUCUAUGAUUUGUUCAUAAUAACACACAACACCAUACACACUGAUUAGUGAAGAGUCUUCCUUCAGCCCUUCUGUUGUAUGCCGUCCAGUAUAUACGUAGCGGUAUGUGUUUGUCACACUUGACUUGGACACUGUUCAUAACACAAUAACCCAGUAUAGAGAACAGCGUUUUCUUCAGCCGUUCCAGCAGCCCACAAUGGAGAAUGUAAUCAGAGGUGAACACUGCUAUAAUGUCAAAGUCAAAGCCAUUUCUCCAGCCCACACCAGCACUCUCAGUAUUCACACACUAACGUUGUAGUGAUUGGAACCAGGAAGUAGCCCGGGGCUCCAGUCUGUUUGUCCUUUAUAUGGAUGAACCUUGAAGAGAUCUUUAUUCGGUCUAACCUUGAAGAGAUCUUUAUAUGGCUGAACCUUGAAGAGAUCUUUAUAUGGCUGAACCUUGAAGAGAUCUUUAUUUGGCCGAACCUUGAAGAGAUCUUUAUUCGGUCUAACCUUGAAAAGAUCUUUAUAUGGCUGAGCCUUGAAGAGAUCUUUAUUCGGUCUAACCUUGAAGAGAUCUUUAUAUGGCCGAACCUUGAAGAGAUCUUUAUAGGGUCUAAUUUAUGGCCUAACCUUGAAGAGAUCUUUAUAGGGCCUAAUUUAUGGUUUAACCUUGAAGUGAUCUUUAUAUGGCUGAACCUUGAAGAGAUCUUUAUUCGGUCUAACCUUGAAGAGAUCUUUAUAUGGCUGAACCUUGAAGAGAUCUUUAUAUGGCUGAACCUUGAAGAGAUCUUUAAAUGGCUGAACCUUGAAGAGAUCUUUAUUUGGCUGAACCUUGAAGAGAUCUUUAUUCGGUCUAACCUUGAAGAGAUCUUUAUAUGGCCGAACAUUGAAGAGAUCUUUAUAGGGUCUAAUUUAUGGCCUAACCUUGAAGAGAUCUUUAUAGGGCCUAAUUUAUGGUUUAACCUUGAAGUGAUCUUUAUAUGGCUGAACCUUGAAGAGAUCUUUACUUUAUGGUCUAACCUUGAAGUGAUCUUUAUAUGGCUGAACCUUGAAGAGAUCUUUAUAUGGCUGAACCUUGAAGAGAUCUUUAUUCAGUCUAACCUUGAAAAGAUCCUUACAGGGCCUAAUUUAUGGCCUUUGAAGAGAUCUUUAUAUGGCAGAACCUUGAAGGGAUCUUUAUAUGGCUGAACCUUGAAGAGAUCUUUAUAUGGCUGAACCUUGAAGAGAUCUCUAUAGGGUCUAAUUUAUGGCCUAACCUUGAAGAGAUCUUUAUAGGGCCUAAUUUAUGGCCUAACCUUGAAGAAAUCUUUCUAGGGUCUAAUUUAUGGUCUAACCUUGAAGAGAUCUUUAUAUGGCUGAACCUUGAAGAGAUCUUUAUAGGGUCUAAUUUAUGGUCUAACCUUGAAGAGAUCUUUAUUGGGUCUAAUUUAUGGUCUAACCUUGAAGAGAUCUUUAUAUGGCUGAACCUUGAAGAGAUCUUUAUAUGGCUGAACCUUGAAGAGAUCUUUAUAGUGUCUAAUUUAUGGUCUAACCUUGAAGAGAUCUUUAUAGGGUGUAAUUUAUGGCCUGACCUUGAAGAGAUAGUGAAGGUCAGAGAGAAAGGUAGACUACCUCCACUAUACGGCCUUCACCACAGUAGUACAGUGUACUGAAUGUGGCUUGGCUGCCUCCCAAAUAUUCCCCACACAGUACCCUUACUUUGGACCAGGCCCUGGUCAAAAGUAGUGCAUUACAUAGGGACUAGGGUGCCAUUUGGGAGGUACUGUACAAAAACAACCAUAUCCAGGAGGUAUAAAUCCAACUGUAUUCCGGAGGAAUAAAUCCAACCGUAUCCUGGAGGUACGAAUCCAACCAUAUCCAGGAGUAGAUAUAUUGAUCCUUGAUUUAUUUAAUCCACAUCUGAUAUUUCUUCUCCUGUUUUCAAGAUUCUGUGAUCCCAGGAUUAGAUUCAAUCCGGGCCGCGGAAGGACAGCGCUAUAACGUGAUGUAAAUUUAAAGGCAAUGUUUCCUGCGUUAGCGGAUACUGCGUUCACGGUAAACGCUGCGUAUGUCAACUCCAUAUGAAGUUAUCUUUCCAUUUCAAUCGGGCUAUAUUGUGGAUCUUCAGCGGCUCGUAUUAAAUCAAUCUAGCCCCAUAGUCUGUCAUGUCGCCAACCAUCUCUUUCUCUGUAGUGAUGAGCCUGGGGGUGGACGAGGUCAGAUCUUACAUAACAAACAGGAGAGGAGAGCUGCUCCAAUACUGGUCCUUUCCCUGACAUGUUUUGUCUUAAUUACAACAUGUAUUGUAGCAGCGAUGCUAACGACAUGUCUUCACCUAACAACACCAGGAGAGACUCAUCCAUCACGACGGCUGGUCCCUCUACUAACAAUCUGUCUCCUAUGUGUCAGUAGAAAUUACAACGUUCAUUGGUUAGGUAACUCAAGUCUGAAUAUAAUUCCUAAAUUCUCCUUCAACAGAAUCUUCAUGCAGUUUUUGUUGUGAUCAUAUAAUGGAGAUGACUGUGAAUGAAAUGAAGGAGGCAUUUUGUCCUGCCUCAUUUAAACUGACUGAGAAGCACUGUCAUACACUUUGUAGACAAUAGAUGCUAACUGGGAUCCUUGGGAUGAACCUACCCAUUUAAGCAGCAUCAUAGGAUGCACAAUUUAUCAUACAGGGAUGAUUUCUGUCUCUUGAAAACUUGCUGACAAAUAAAACAUUUUGGGACUAUGUCAACAAUGGACUAAUGAAACAAAUACCAAAAGAUGGGUUUUGGGUGGCGAUUUUUCUUUAAUCGUUUUACAUUUGAACUUCAAUGAGGUGACGUCAGAGUUGGACGUCCCAAGGAUCCCACUUAGCAUGUACUCUUUGUAGACAGGAGCAUGGCAGUAAGAGCUAUAGAGGUCAUUUUAUCAGUAAUAUGGGUAUGUUGAGAAUCUAUGAACCUUUUCACACUAUCGUGCCAAGCAGAACCAACCUGCUGAAUUCACUUUCCUUUCACAUGGUUCUUUCCAGCAACUAUAGUAGAUGUGGAACCAGUCCAGUCCAGUUUGGCUGAGUGGUGUGAACAGCUCUUAACUCCUCUGUGGAACCAGUCCAGUCCAGUUUGGCUGAGUGGUGUGAACAGCUCUUAACUCCUCUGUGGAACCAGUUCAGUUUGGCUGAGUGGUGUGAACAGCUCUUAACUCCUCUGUCCUCUCAGUAUGAGAUCAGUCACUUUUUGAGUAUGAAUGUGAAGUGUAACACUGCGUACGUGAUCAGUCACUGAGCUUUGACCAAAACACUUUGGGUGUGUCCCAAAUGGCUCCCUAUUCCCCACAGGGCUCUGGUCUAAAGUAGUGCACUAUGUAGGGAAUAGGGUGCCAGGCCUGGUCUAAAGUAGUGCACUAUGUAGGGAAUAGGAUGCCAGCCCUGGUCUAAAGUAGUGCACUAUGUAGGGAAUAGGAUGCCAUUUGGGAUGUAGAAUCACCUGUGUAGAACCUAUGCAACACUUGACUUAGAAAGUAGUCUAAGACAUGGGACAGCCAGGGGCAGGGCUUACCAUGUCUACCAUGUAUUUGAUGAAUAAAUAUCUCAUCACCAUCUGUUGUUGUUCUGUUGUUGGCAGGCUGUCUGUGGUGUGGGAUGGGGAUUUAGCCUGGAAACCACCGUGAAUACUAUCUCUCUCGUUCACUAUUGUCUCAGUUAAGUGAAACAAUAGUGAACCAGAGAAUGAUAUUACAUUUGGAUUUGGGACUACUGACGACUGGGUUUGAGGAGAGAUGUUGAGAGGUCGGUAGAAAACACAAAUGAAAGUAGCUCUUCUCAGGUCUCAAGAAUAUAACUGAUUCUAGUACUGAAUCUCAUGCAGACAUGUUGUAAAAUAUCUCUACAGUUAACUGACACUAACUGGCGGUGAGUGCUGCCAUCUAGUGGAUCUUAACAGACACACACAAGUACAUUUGGAAUCUUCCGUGACAAGACAAAAAGCUGUGUUGGGAUCGAGAGGAAGAGUUUUGACAAAACAACACACAGAGCCAAUUUAAUGCAUCCUCUUUAAUUCAAAAAAAGGUAUCUUUCAUUCUCACACCCCACCAGCAUCCAUGUCAUUACAAUUGAUGGAAUAAACUGUUUAUAUUAAGAAAAAAAGUCUACCGUUUCUGCAUUUCAUUCCUAAUAGGACGCUACUUUUUCUCCAUUAGCCUCCAUCGUUCAUGUAAUAAAUACCCUAGAGAGAGGCUGCAUCCAAAAUAGCACCCUAUUCCCUAUUUAGUACCCUACUUUUGACCAGGGCCCAUAAAAUUCUGGUCAAAAGGUAGUGCACUACAUAGGGAAUAGAGCGCUCUUUGUGACAGAGUCUUGACACGUUGAUAUGGGUUUCUCAUGGUAAGCUGUUAAGGCCAAUACAGUCAUCUCUUUUUUACACAGACUGAGCGUAAGGUUCUACCUGAACGGAAACACAAGCAGGGUGAAAACCAGAACCACUAUAUACUGUAGAUGACUGGUCAAAACUGACCAGUCAUCAUGACAAAUAAAGACCAAGGGAUUGCAGGGGGAUUACACUUUGAGGGACUGGAUUAGAUUAGACGUGAGUGUAGUUAAACCAUAGAGGUAAAUUCCUGAAAAGAACCACUUAUGUACCAGAGAAUGCAUUCUACUUGUUACCUUUAAAAACAGAAGGGUGGCUAUAGGACAAGGAGAAGUACCGUUGUGGCUAAAGUGCAUCAGGACAAAAUGGACAAUCUUAGCAUUUUAGGCUGUUUCAGUGCAGCUUGUUCAAACACCUAGAAGAACAGAUGUUUCAGCCGUACUAAGAGCAUCUAAGCCCAGACAAUCUCAUAAGGAAAUUAAAAAUAACAAACUACAUCUAACGUAUCAUCAAGUCCUUGUUGUAUUUCUAUUCUCCAAGAACUACAAGAUGUAUUGUUACCCUCAUAGCCUGGUUCCUCUCCAGGUUUCUUCCUAGGUUCUGGCCUUUCUAGGGAGUUUUUCCUAGCCACCGUGCUUCUACACCUGCAUUGCUUGCUGUUUGGGGGUUUUAGGCUGGGUUUCUGUACAGCACUUUGUGACAUCAGCUGAUGUAAGAAGGGCUUUAUGAAUACAUUUGAUUGAUUGUUACAGGAAAUUUAGUGGGAUUAAAAAAACGAAGUGUUUAUUUGACAUGGCCAUAGUGUGAUAGAUCGACACCAGGUCGAACAUGAGACCAAAUCAAUUGAGACAGAUGGGUGGUAGCUACCAAACAAUAACUGAUCAUGCACCAGGAACUAAACCGUCUGACUCCACAUUACAUCAAAACUCCUCUCAAAACUCCUCUUUCAUGUGUUUUUAUAAAGGUAACUAGUUUAGUUCACACCCUGAAAUAGUACAGAAUGUCUUUGGUGCCACUGACUGAUUCCAAGUCAGUUUAGAUUUGAAUGAUUUUGAUAUUAGUGUAGUUGUUUUGUUAGUUAGUUUUUCCCCCAUAA